CCAAUCACUAGUAGAGAGGACGAUCCGCUCCUACAGCAGAGUAGGUCGCCGUCACGUUGAAAACACACAGAUCCAUCCUGGGAGAUAGUCAUCUGCAUGGGGGGGAAACCUGAUCGGCUAAAUUUAGCCGAGAAAAGAGCGCUUUAGGGCGUAACUUGGGAGGGUGGGGGGGGGGGGGGAAAGGAGAAUCAUGUCUUCCGCUUCCAGCGAAAUCACCAGCACACUUGAGGUUAAAGAGGAGAACGCCAGCCUGCAGCCAAAGAUCAAUGUAUUGGGCUCUCCAGCCACUCUGGAGCCCGAAGUAAAUGCACUGUCUGCAAGCCCGGAGAUUGCCGAGCAGGUUCCCGUUGAACUUCUAAGCAACCCCGCGUCCGCUCUGACUUUCUCGCCGGAGCAAGUGGCGUGCGUGUGCGAGGCUCUGCAGCAAGGAGGGAACCUGGAUCGCUUAGCCCAGUUUCUGUGGUCUCUGCCUCCCAGCGAUCUGCUACGUGGCAACGAAAGCAUCCUAAAAGCACGGGCUUUGGUGGCCUUCCACCAGCACAGAUACAAAGAACUCUACAGCAUUCUGGAAAGCCACAACUUCGACGCGUCGUGCCACACUUCGCUGCAGGACCUAUGGUACAAAGCCCGGUACACAGAAGCCGAGAAGGUCCGGGGCCGGCCUUUGGGGGCCGUGGACAAGUACAGGCUGCGCAGGAAGUUCCCCUUGCCCCGCACCAUAUGGGACGGCGAGGAGAGGGUCUAUUGCUUCAAGGAGAAGUCACGCAACGCGCUCAAGGAGCUGUACAAGCAGAAUCGCUACCCUUCGCCGGCGGAGAAGCGCAACUUAGCAAAGAUCACGGGGCUCUCUCUCACCCAGGUCAGCAACUGGUUCAAAAACAGGCGCCAGCGGGACCGAAACCCGUCGGGAACGCAUUCGAAAAGUGAGUCAGAUGGUAAUCACAGCACUGAAGAUGAAUCCACCAAGGGUCAAGAUGACAUGUCACCUCGACCACUAUCCAAUCCAUCUGAAGGAAUGAACCAGUCCAAUAUCCAUAUUCAUCCAGAAGGCAUGUUCAUGCAUCAUAUUGGGGAACUGAAGCCCUCCCAGAGUUCCUCUGGCAUACUACUGAAUGGAAACCUAGUAACUGCAAAUGGAUCUCCUGUUUUUUACAAUGGAGGUUCUUUCAUCCAAGGGCCCACUGGUGUCCUUGUAAAUGGCCUGUCAUUAGGAAAUGCCCAAGCAAUAAGUUUAAGUCCUGUAGCAACCACUCCAAGUGUGCUGGUUAACAAUAUUUCAAAUGGCUCUGUUAAUGGCACAGAAAUUAAAACUGAAAAUGUACACAUCGUCCCCUCUCAAGAAGAGGCAUCUUCAAGUUCUACAGAAGUGAACCAAGGCCCAACACAAGUAAGCCAGUAUAGCCUUGUGCAGCUCCAGAACUCGGAGAAUAAUAUCCAACUGGUAAAUGGAAAUGUUGGGAUUCCUUCACUGCAGCUGCCUUCUGUUUCUGCUACUUCAUCUCAAGGAAACAUUUUAAUAACAAAUACAUCUGAGGGAGGAACAUUCCUAAGCAGUACUGCAGCCAGUCUUCAGCAAGGUAAGGUUUUCUUGGCUGCCACACUCCCUCCAAAUGCAGUGAUGUGUGCAUUACCUAAUUCAGGACAGGCUGUACCUCCAGUCAAGCAAGAAACAGUGGAUGGGGGCCUAAUCUUUUCACAAUUGAUGUCUGUGAGUGGAAAUAAUCAAUUGAAUGUUAAUACCUCGACUGGGGAUCAAGCUGUUACAGCACUACAAACUCAAUCAUCGCCUCUGGUAAACACAGGCCUUUCUCACAGCCUGCCUUUGACUUCCUCCAAUCUACUGAAUACAUCAAACACCUUAAGCUUCAGCCUCACAGUGAGUCUUCCACUGUCGACAACUGCAUCUCUAAAUUGUGAUCAGCAUUUGCCAUCUACUGAAACAAAUGCAGUUCCUGCGUCAAUGGCCAACAAUGAAUAUGCUACACUCCAGAACUGCAAUCUGCUCUCACACUCCAGCCAAGAGACUGUAACAGAAUCUAAUAGUGGAGCUUCUGACAUGCGAGAUAAACCCAGAAAUCCCAUCUCUGAGGAGGCACAUGUAUUCAGUAGUGGGCAUGUGUCAGUACUUCACCCCCCUGUAAAAGAAAACUACUUGGUCGUCUUGGAGAACAAACCUAGUAACCAUCUGACAGUGAUGGACUCUAAAUCCAAAUAUGUUAUAAAUGAUGUGGUUAAUAAUGUCUGCAAAGAACUAGAAACAGAAGAAAAAGAACUAGCGAAACUUCAAAAUGUUCCCAUGGAUGAAGAUAUCGGUGAUUUAUAACACUCAAUGCAUAUGCGGCUAGCUUUUGCAGAUUAAACUUUUCAGUAGUUUCCGUCCUUGCAUUUUAAGGCAUCCUAAUACAGAAGUGGUUUUGGUAGCAAACUUUAUCUGCUUCGUAAUUUUUUAAAAAUUCACAGAUUGAUUGAGAUAACUGUUACACAUUUUUACUGGAGUCUUGAGAAUUCUUAGUUUUAAGUUGGUAUUUAUUUUCACGAAGUAUAAAGAUGGCAAAAAAACUCAUCUAGUCAGUUGAACUUAAGAAUAUGGUUUGGUUAUUGUUUUCAAAGCACAUGUCUAUUAUUAUUAUUAUUAUUAUUGAAUCUAUCAGUUGUUUUAUAUGCAUGGUUUGAUAUCAGCCAGCCAUCAGCAAAUGUUAACACUAUUUUCAGCAUUUCCAAUGCACUGUCCACAAACUGACACAUAUAUAAUGAAAAAAAGCAGUUUGCCCCUCCUCAGACAAAUGUUUAAAGAAAUACUCUUCAAAUGUAAUUUAUUCUCUGCAUAUUUUCAAACAGCUUCUUUUAAGACGGUACCAGAAUCAUAUAGGAAACAUUUUUGACAUUUUUUAGUAUGACUAUUAACUGACAAUCAAUAUCAAAACUAGAACUAUAACUAGAACUACCAUAACGGUAUAAAAACUUAUCUUUAAAUAUCCUGGAGUCUAAUAAAAACUGUGACAAUUGACAGGAAGUUUCCCUUUCCUGUUCACCAACCUGCACAAAAUACUAAUGCAGAUGGGAUGUGGUGUAAAAGUGAACAUCUCAAAUUGGUACAAUCCAUGAAAAAAGCACUACAAGGAAACUUUAUUUUUUAUUAACUUUUAUGUGCAUGUGACUAGUUCAAUUAACUACUUGAAUCUUGGCUAGGGAUAUCAUGUUUUGUGGUGUUUCUGUGCAUUGAUUUGAGUCCCUUUUCACAUAGUCACUGGGAUUACUCAAAGCUGUCAUACUGUUAAUCAAUAUCAAAAUUAAAAGUAAAAAGACUUUAAUAUCUUUGUGCUUUACAAAGUACCCCUUUAUCUCUUUUGUUGAAGUACAGUACUAUUCUGUUUCAUUGAUGUAAUGCAUAACCGACACCAAAAUUCCCACUUAAUUUCAGUUGAUUCCUGCUCGCUACCAGCAUAUAAUCAGUGGCCGAUUUAUUAGCCACACCUGUUAGGUACACUAAAAUCUUCUGCACACCACUGCUGUGACGUGUGGUUAUCUGAGUUACUGACACCUUCCUGUCAGUUUGAACCAGCCUGACCAUUCCCCUCUUACUUCCCUCAAUUAAUGAGGCAUUUUCACCCAUAGAACUGUAAACUAGAAACUGUCAGAUGUGAAAAUCCCAGGAGAGCAGAAGUUUUGGAGGUACUCAAACCACCCCAUCAGGCAUUAACCACGGUUAAAGUUACUUAGUUCACACUUCUUCCUCAUUCUGAUGUUUGGUCUGAACAACACUGAACCUCUUGAACAUUUCAUUUCUGCAUUGAGUUGCAGCCACACGGUUGGCUGAGUAGAUAUUUGCAUUAACUAGCAGGUGUACCUUAUAAAAUGGCCACUAUAUAUUGGAUUCCGUUGCAUUUUAAGCCAAUUUUUAAAAAUUUCAAACAUUUGUCUUUGAUUAUACAGGGAGCUUAAACUGUUAGGUUGUCAUUAAUCAAGAUUUCAGAUUAUGCACACAAUGUGGUUAUGUUUUCAUGGUUUAUAUGAUCUUCCCCAAUCAUUAAGUGCUACAGCAUUGCAGUUUUCCUGUCUGAAAUUAAAAUAGUCACAGAACCACCAAGAUAGGUCAAGAUAUCACUCUUUGUUGAUUCGUAACACUUUGGUCUUCUAAGAAGCUCCUGCCAGUUAUGUUAACAGCCAACAAAAUGUAAAUAUAACAUUUCUAUAUCAGCAAAAUAAUACUGUAGGUAUAUACAGUAACAAUAAUCUUGAAGUGAACACCUUUAGCUUUGGUCAGCACGUUUAAUGAAGUCCUUUUCAACUGUUUGAAAUGCUGUUACUUUGCAACCUAACUAUCAUUCAGAGAAACACUUUAUUAUCAAUUUCUACCAGGCAAUCUAAUCCCACUUCAAAAAUUCAACAGCCAUGGUACUAAGUUCAAUUAUAAUCAUACCUUUUAGUAUGCAUACCUGUUUCUUGCAAAUUUAACUUGCCAAAAUUUGUUGCUGUUUUUAAAAUCUAAGAAAUCGGAUUGUUGGUACAGACACUCAUGUUUUUCGAUUACUUGAACCUCUCCCUGAUCCUGUGUGCCUUAUGACGUUUUUAAAAAGUGUAAACACAUAUUUUCUGUUUGUGAAAUGGAAAUUCUGUAACUCUUCAUAUAUGCAAGUAUGUUCAAUAUCUUAAUAUGCCUUCUUGCAUUCAGUGCCUCUUCGGUUUAAAAUUUAUUUCAAGAAUGUUAGGCAUCUGAAAACCUGUCUAACUCAUUGAAAAAAGAGGGGGAAAAAAAACUAUUGUUCUCCAAACAGAAUUGAAUUGUAGCCAAGUAUGACUUUUUUUGAUAUGUGAAGCCUGCCUGUAUGUUGAGACAAUCUCCAUAUUAUUUGGAUAAGCAUAUUUUUAUAUGAGCAUAAAGUUUCCCAGAGCAAAUGACAAUGUCAGCAGGAGGUUUGAACAAAGAUUUUAAUGAUGCUCACCUUAAGAUUUGUUUUAAAAUUUAAAACCUCGAUCAAAGCAUCAAUUAUUUUUUAAAAAUCCUUUCCAAAAACAACUGUUUUGCAGAUAGUUUAAGGAGGAGUCUUGGAAAAAAAGAUACUCCACAGUUCUUCUUCUAUAGUAAAUAUUGGGUUUGUGUACUCCAGCAUCAACAUACCAGCUAGUAAAAUAAUUUGGUCUGAUUUACCUUAAAUCCUAGUCACCUCUUUUCACAUCAUCUUUUGAACUGCUGACCUUUGAACAUGUAAGGUAUGAGACAGUGCAUUAUUUAUACUUUUUUUUAACUCUUAUUCUAAACGGUUCUUGCAAAAAACAUUUUCAUGAUUCUUAAAAUAAUUAUUGGGGUGUGAAGUGAUGUGUAUCACUGUGUCACCUCCUUAUCUGACUGCACAUGAAGAAAAGUAGUGUCUUUUCGAUAUCUAGGAAUUUCUUAGUUAAUGUUUUGUAGCUUACUCUUGAGGGGUACUAAUUUAAAGGGAAGGUUUAAUUAGCCAUUGCAAGUUAUAUACUUUGAUUUCAAGUCUGUUUUACUGUAUGGUAGAUUUGGCAUGAAACUUUAUAAACUUUUUAAGUUGUAUAAACAUAGACGUAAUCAAACCAGUGUGAGGUAUAUGGAUAGCUAAAACAUCUAUACUGCACUAACUUCUUGGUGAUGGUACAUUGAGCAUGUAUUCGUGUUUUGUGUUCACCCUUAUUAUACCAAAGAUAUUUUAAAUGAUAGUUUUGACAUAUAAUCUGGUUUGUCUAUACUGUUAUAUGACCUUUGUUUAUAUCCUGAAAUGAUUUGAACUUAUUUUUCUAAACUCUAUACUCAAUGAACUUUAUAUUUAUACA